AUGCCGCCCACUCUAACCCUCCACCCCCUUCACCGCGCCGACGGCUCCGCCACCCACACCACCCCCCUCUUCACCAUCCUCGCCGCCGCCAACGGCCCCCUCGAAGUCUCCCGCCGCGACGAGCUCCCCGAAGAAGCCGCGAUCGAAGUCAACGUGCGCCCCUGCUCCGGCGUGGGCGGGCCUAGAGAAAGAUGGAUGGAAGGUGUCAUUACGUCUUUGCUGAAGAGUCUGGUGCUGGUGAACAUGUAUCCAAGGACGCUGGUGCAGGUUACGCUGCAGGUUACCAAGGAACCUGGUAUGGGGGGGUUGAAGAGGGCAGUGAAGGAUGUGGCGCUUUUGGCGGGGUUGGGGAAUGCGGCGUUUGCUGCGCUUGUGGAUGCCGGGGUAGCGCUGGGAGGGACGAUGGUGGUGGGGUUGGGGGUGGCGAGGGAGGGGGAGGUUGUGGUGGAGCCGGGGGAGAAAGAGUUGCUGGGGUGUGGUAGUGUGCAUGCGGUUGCGUGGGGAAUGAGGGGGGAGAUGUUGAUGGCGGAGAGUGCGGGGAGGUUUGGGGUGGAGGAGUGGGAGGGGGUGGCGGGGAGGUUGAGGGGGGAUGCUAUGGGUGCUAUAAAGAACGAUGAGGAGGAUGGGGAUGAUGUUAUGGAUGGAGAGGUGGGGCAGAAGGAGCCUUGGUUAAGGCAGGCUUUGGGGGAGAGUGUGAGGGAUGCUGGGGCGUGGCGCGAGACAGGGUGA